AUGAGAACAGUUGACAUGUUUGGGGUUCUAGCUUUCAGCCUUUACCUCGUUUGGUGCUAUUCAAUUUGCUUUGCGAAGCCAAGUACGUAUAAUUUCAGAGUGACCAGGAUUCAGUGCGAGAAUCUUGAUCCAAGGGUGUCUUACAACCACAGCUGUUCAACCCGGAACCUCAACCGGACUCUGAAGGCACAUAAUAUCAGAAUAGCUUUCUACCCCAAUAUAUCCUUCAAUGAUAUACACGUUCAAAUAAAUUACAACCUAAAAGUGAACAAUCUCUACCGGAGGUCCUUCAUAAAUAUGGAGGAGGACUUUUGUGGAUUUACGUCAGGAACUUCAAAGAGCUAUUUAAUAAAAAUACUGUGGCCAUUUUUAAAGAGAAGCAGCAACUUGCCUGAUACCUGUCCGCUCAUUGGUUAUGUGAAUAUAACAGAUCUUGUAUUUGAAGACACCUAUCUUCCACCAGCAUUACCGGAAGGGGAAGCAAGGAUCGAUAUACAUGUUCGUAAUGGUCCAAAGCGGAUUUCAAUGAUAAUGGUGAAGUUUUUUGUUGAAAUCAAAGCCAAGGGUGCUGCCAAAUUGGAUUUUUAA